AUGCUUCGGAACUUUCACUUACCAACGAUUCGCCAUCUUCCUCAGGCUCGAGCAAGGUGCCAGUGUGGCAUUCCAAACAAGUGCUCCUCUACCACUUUUCUCACUCAUCCAGGUUCUAGCACAUACAAAACCUCGGCUUAUCCAAGCGGGAUUAGCGGCUUCGAACGAAGUAGAGCUUAUCAUUCGUUCAAUCAUAUCACUAAAACAAUCUAUCAAGCGGCGCCGUUGGUGUCGUUACGCUCUCGCAGAAAUUUCUCGGAUAAAGGCGACACAGCUUCUACUUCAACUAAUCGCAGCCCCGCUAGAACUGCCAACCCCAAUCCAUCCACACCAACGCACAAAGAAGAUUGGAAAAUUAUCAGGCAUCUAUUACCGAACAUAUGGCCGAAAGAUGAUCGUACGACCAAGAUCAGAGUGGUAACGGCACUCCUUCUUCUAGCUGGCGGCAAGGUAUAUCGUUACCCUUCAUGUUUAAACACAUUAUCGACUCUCUCUCGAUUCCUUUCGACCCCAAUACGUUUCAAGGUGCUUGGACCGUGGUAG